CGUUCACUGGCCACCGCGCUGAACGCGUUUCAAAUUCGGGAAAAUGUGCAAUUGAACAGUGUCGCUAGCGCCAACCGAAUCCUAACGGUGUGUGAUUGCAGAUUUCGGUACAGGAGUUUUGUAAUUUGAGAAAACAUUUAAGGACAAGAAGAGUUUUAAAUUCGUGAUAAGUCCCAGUGGAUAGACUAUAGAGGCGGUCCAAACUGGAAUUGAAUUCCAUUAUGUUCCCAUUCUCCUCCCUGCAAGUCGAGUACAGCAACUUCCACCGUUCUUCGCAAAUCAUGUCCAACGCACUGAGCAUGACCAACUCCGGCUUCCCCCACUCGUGGAUCGUGUCCGGGCAGGACUUCUGCCCCAUUACCUACUCGUCGAUCCAGUCGCACAACUCGGCCGUGUCCAACAACCUCGCAACGGUGGAACCGGGACUCAUCGAGCUACGCAAGGAGAAAUCCCGUGACGCCGCCCGGUCCCGUCGCGGCAAGGAGAACUACGAGUUCUACGAAUUGGCCAAGAUGCUGCCGCUUCCGGCGGCCAUAACCAGCCAGCUGGAUAAGGCUUCCAUCAUCCGACUGACGAUCAGUUACCUUAAGCUUAAGGAGUUUAGUGAGAAUGGUGUUCCAUCAUGGAACAAAGAACCGAUCGGAUUCCAGAACUACACGUCUCCGCAGUAUUUCAACGAGAUGUUCGAAACUCACCUGGGAACGCACAUUCUACAGUCGCUGGACGGUUUCGCCUUAUCUACCGGUGUGGAUGGACGGUUUCUGUACAUUUCUGAGACGGUAUCAAUCUACUUGGGUUUGUCUCAAGUGGAAAUGACCGGAAGCAGCAUCUUCGAUUACAUUCACAAGAGUGAUCACGCUGAAGUGGAACAACAGUUGGGGGUUAAAAAGAAUUCCGAAUACUACAGUUACUCGGAUGAACCUCCGGAAAAGACGGUACUGAAGAUCGCUAAGGAUAACAAACCGCUUCCUGGUGAGGCCUACGAAGGAGUUGAUCGUGCGUUCUGCCUGCGGAUGAAAUCCACCCUUACCAAGCGUGGAUGCCACUUCAAAUCCUCCGGCUACAGGGUGAUCCUGUUGCUGUGUCACCUGCGGAAGAAGAACAACUCCACGGAUGACCAUAGCGAAAAGCAAACUGUGAUCGGAAUGGUGGGAAUUGGGAUCGCCUUGCCACCACCCUCGCUGCACGAAAUCAAACUGGAAUCGGAUAUGUUUGUCUUCCGGACCAGCUUGGAUCUGACGAUCAUUCACUGCGAAAAUAGAAUUUCCAGCUUUCUGGACUACACGGCCGACGAGUUGAACGGGAAGAGCAUCUACAUGCUCUGCCAUGGACAGGAUGCUCCCAAGCUGAAGAAAAGUCACAGUGAAUUAAUCCAAAAAGGCCAGGUACUGACCCCAUUCUACCGAAUCUUGAACAAAAACUCCGGCUACUUCUGGAUCCAGACCUGCUGUACGAUGGUCUGUCAGACGAAGAACAUGAGCGAUCAGACGGUGAUCUGCGUGAACUAUAUCAUCACCGCUCCGCAAAAGGAAAACAUGAUCCUGGAUAUCUCGCAAAUGCCAAAUGUUAACCACAACGAUUACCACAUUGGAAGCAAAAGUGCUGCCACUGCUGCCAAGCGAGCGGCGGCCGCCAACAUGGAGUACGAAAUGGAAGGCAAAGACAAGUACGGCGAACUCGCAGGCAGUCAACCGGAACCGUACCACGAUGGGGGGCACGUCGAUCACAAGGAACUGAUCGAAAAAUCACCGCACAAAGCGAUGGGAGGCCUGGGAAUGUUCGACAAGAAGGAUUCGCUGGACUACAACAAGGACAAACAUCUGGAACGGGAAAAGGGCUGCACCAACAGUAAACAACAACGACUCAAAGCCGGCAGUCCGAUGAUGAACAUGUCGGCCAAUGAAAACCAAGGAAUCGAGAAGAAAGCCGCCAACGGCAAAAAGAACAUCUCCAACCGGGCGAGCGUGAUUCGGGUGCUGAACAAGACUUCGUCGAAGAAGAUCCUACAGGAAAAUCAUUGAAACGAUCAAUUCUACUAACAACAACACACAUCCCCCCUUCCCAAACGUACUAAAUCGUCCCUCCCUUCAUUGUAUGAUCUAUGAUAAUGCUACGCCGCAUGAGAACAACAAUACUCGUGUCUAUUUAUUGCUUCAGCCAGAGUUAUCCUCUUUCAAAUAAUACUCGUGUCAUUUACUUCUGGAGCCGAGAAUUGUGCAUUUUAGGCAAAAGCGAAAAAGACAAACCAUAAACAAAGCAUUGUUAUUCUUCACAAUCGUACUACUAUAAGCAAAGUAACCACAGUGUCAGUAUAUGUUAUAUGAAUCAUACCAAGUAGUAUUUGUAAUUAUUAUUAAGUUAGUAAAGAACUAGUAAUGAGCGGCGAAAAACAAAAUCCACAGUGAGUAA